AUGCGCCUUUUGCGUUGCGAUAUCACCGACAAACUCCGGCCUGUGGAAUUCUUCAACAGGACCCUCCCUCCCUAUGCUAUUUUAUCCCACACGUGGGAAGCGGACGACGAAGAGGUUACUUUUCGAGAUAUUCUAGACGACACGGGACAGAACAAAUCUGGCUAUAAGAAGAUCCGCUUCUGCGCAAAGCAAGCGAAAAAAGAUGGCCUGCAAUUUAUCUGGGUCGACAGCUGCUGCAUCGAUAAAUCUAGCAGCGCGGAGCUCUCGGAGGCUAUCAAUUCCAUGUUCUGCUGGUAUCAGGGCGCAGAGAAAUGCUACGUUUAUUUAUCUGACGUUUCAGCUAAAGGAGCCUCCAGGGGUAAACCGCCCCCAAGUCAAGGGCGCAAGCUAUGCAUCCAUCACAGCAGGUGGUUUACUCGGAGCUGGACACUCCAGGAACUGCUUGCACCGAGGAUUGUGGAGUUUUUCUCUCAAGAAUGGAAACAUCUUGGAAGCAAGACUAGAUUAGUCCGAGCGAUUGGAUGCGUAACCAAAAUCCCUGAUGAAGCUCUCCUCGGUAUUGUGGCCUUAUCGCAAUUCAGCAUCAAUGAACGAAUGUCGUGGGCGGAAGGGCGCAAUGCGACGCGUGAAGAGGAUACCGCAUACUCUCUACUAGGCAUUUUCAAUGUUCAUAUGCCGCUCAUAUAUGGAGAGGGUCAGCAGAAUGCGUUUGCUCGGCUGCGGAGGGAGAUUGGUCGGUCAACACAUUCAACGCAGUUUCUGGCAGUCAGAUGA